CGGAAGUAGGAUUGGUGUUCGAACAUCACGUUCCAGAAAUUUCGCUCAGUCGCGACAAAUUUACAGAUAUUCGCGCUUGCCUAGCUGUCAGUACGUGACAACACUCGUGUUUUAGUAUUUGACUUAUCCAGGUUCUUUGUCUCGUCGACCUGUAUUAACUACAACCAUGGUGUGCAUACCCUGCAUUGUGAUCCCUGUCCUGUUGUGGGUCUAUAAAAGGUUCCUGGAACCCAUCAUCUAUCCUAUUAUUUCACCCUUUAUUUAUGCGUUCUGGAACAAAAAAGCUGUAACAGACACAAACACUGAUCAGAAAGGAAGUGAAAAUAGCAAUGAGACUUACAAGCCCCAAAGCAACGGUGAGAUGACUGCAAAUGGAGCUACUAUAGCAGCUGAUAAGAAGACGGACUGAGUGCUGCCACUACUUUCAAUUAAUAAAAUAUUCCUAUAGUAUCAUUUAGAGGAAACAUUAAGUCUUCUUCAAAGCUUGUUUUUUUUCUUUCAUUUGGCUGAGAUAGCUUUAUUGUGUAUUGUUUUUUUAUUGCUGUUUGAAUGAAACAGAUUAAAGCACUUUAAUGAAACUAAGGAUGAAAGAAAGCUUUCAAGUAAAUGCAUAUUUAUUUCAAGCCUGACUUGCCACUUUAACUACUCUUUCUGCAGAAAUUGCUGCAAAGACAUCUCAGCAUAGAUUUGUUUAUACAAAUAAAAUGAUUAUUGUAGUGAUACUACUCAUAAAACUGGCGAAAGAUCGAUCCUCUUUUUUUAACUGGUUGUAGUCGAUUGACCAUUUUCAAAGUGUGAAGAAAAUGAAAGUUGUUCAUAUGGCAUAUAUUCAUUCCUUUAAACCUACUUUGAGCAUAAAUUUUUCUUACAAAUAAGAUAUGAAUCCAGUCUAGUAAUAAAAGCUGAUUUGUCAUUCAGUACAAAAAAAUCUGCAUUGCAGUUUGGUGACAAUAUUUGAUG